UGAACGCCCCAUCAACUAAUAAGAAUGCAGAGAAUGGAAAACAUCAAGUGAACGCCCCAUCAACUAGUAAAAAUACAGAGAAUGGAAAACAUCAAGUGAACGCUCCAUCAACUAGUAAGAAUGCAGAAAAUGGAAAACAUCAAGUGAACGCUCCAUCAACUAAUAGAAAGAAUCAAGUGAACGUCCCAUCAACUAGUAAAAAUACAGAGAAUGGAAAACAUCAAGUGAACGCUCCAUCAACCAAUAAGAAUGGAAACAAUGGAAAGAAUCAAGUGAACGCCCCAUCAACUAGUAAGAAUGGAAACAAUGGAAAGAAUCAAGUGAACGCUCCAUCAACUCAUAAGAAUGCAGAGAAUGGAAAACAUCAAGUGAACGCUCCAUCAACUAAUAAGAAUGGAAACAAUGGAAAGAAUCAAGUGAACGCCCCAUCAAUUAGUAAGAAUGGAAACAAUGGAAAACAUCAAGUGAACGCCCCAUCAACUAAUAAGAAUGCAGAGAAUGGAAAACAUCAA